UGCCUCGGAGGAGCGAGGAGCCAGGUGCGAGGAGCGUCGAGGUAGCGAAGUGGGCGCCUCCCGUGAGGCGCCGGGCGGAGGAGGCUGGAGGGCCCGGGACACACGUCGGAGGCCUGUGCUGUGGUCCUCAGCCAUCGGGUUACUUUUUCAGUAAAAAAGCAUCUAAAUAUGGUGCCCCCUGGAAGCAAACAAACCAAGAAAUCAGGGAAGACAUCAGUGAAGGAUAGGAAGACAUCCAUGGAGGAUCGGGCUGUAAUUGCCUAUGACUUUGAGAAAGAAGAUAAACGAGAUCUGAGUGGUUCAGAGGAGGAUGCUACUGACGCAAAGACUCCAGCAAUUGAUAAGCUUGGGAAGAAAAGGACUUCUGCAGUAACAGUUGAAGAUAUGGGGUAAAGUGCUCAACAUAAGUUUUGCCUGUUAGAUACUAACAUUAGCAAUGCUCUUAAUACAAAGAAAAAAAGACUAGCACUGUAUACCAAGAUUUCUCUCAAAACCAGUAACCAGAAAAUUGAACAUAUUUGGAAAACCCAACAAGAACAAAGGCAGAAGCUUAGCCAAGAAUAUUCUCAGCAGUUUCUGACUUUGUUUCAGCAGUGGGAGACAGAUAUACAGAAUGCCAAGAAACAAGAAGAAAAACUAGCUAAUUUAUUUCAACAGCAACAACAGUUUUUUCAACAAUCUAGACUUGGUCAGAGCCAGAGACUGAAAACAAUUAAACAGUUAUAUGAACAAUUCAUAAAGAGUAUGGAGGACUUGGAGAAGAAUAGUGAUACUCUAGUUACUGAUGCACAAAAUGAACUUAAAAAUGAAAUGGCUAUGCUUCAAAAACAAAUUAUGAUGGAUACUCAGCAGCAAGAGAUGGCAAUUGUUCGAAAGUCUCUUCAAUCCAUGUUAUUCUGA